UUGGGCUUUUUCCUUCCUUCCUUCCUGGACAUCCUGGACUCAACAAAGGCCCUCACCUGAGCAGAGCAUUGUGGGGGAAUGUGGACGCACUUGAGGAGGAGUACAGAUCCGAAACGCACCAUCAAAGCAUCAUAGACUUGUAUGGCAUCGCCAGAGGCUUGAAUGCAUGUGGCAGAAGCUCGGGAAGAACCUAAUCUUCACGCGUAAUCCCUUCAAAGUGGCACCUCGCGCAGGAGAAGAACACAAAUCAGCAUUCAUCUUCCAUCAAGUGCGUUUCAUGUCCUCCAGCAGCGCCGCCGCCGAGGAGAAGUGCACCGCCAGCGAAUGUGACAUCUGAUUUGUAGGCUGUCUAAUCACAGGAGAAGGUGAACAUCUUCUCUGCGCCUGUCCCGACUCUACGUUUGAGUAAAGGUCAAGCUGGAGGUUAUUAUUCUAUGAAACUGUCAGAAAUCCUGUGUUUGCUUGAUGAGGUCAGGACACAAUAGCAGACGUCACGCUCUGACGGGCCGACUGCAUGUGGGAGAUGGAGAACGGGUUCUUUAGACAUCUUGCCUCGGUGGUGUCACAUGACUCCGGGGACAUCAUGGGAACGGGAUGAGAUGCUGGGAAUAUAAAAAGAUAAGUGACCGCGACAUCUCAGACGUCUCGACUCGUACGGGCAGUCUUGUUGGACGGAAGGACACACAAUGUUUGCAGUGAUAGUUUGUAUCUUGGGAUUGCUCCGUAUGAGCAGCUCCUGCAGUUGGCCAGGCGUGUGUACAGACCUGACUUCUGUCCAGCAGGAGAUCGUGGACGUACACAACGCCUUCAGGAGAGCUGUGGACCCGCCGGCCAGCAACAUGCUCAAAAUGAGCUGGAGCGACGCGGCGGCUCAGUCGGCUCGAGGCUGGAUCGAUCUGUGUAACAUGACACACGGCCCACCAAGCAGCCGCAUGAUAGACGGAUAUGAAUUGGGGGAAAAUCUCUUCAAGGGGUCUGGACUUUAUUCAUGGACUGAAGUGGUAAAUGCGUGGCACAGCGAAGUCAACAAUUAUCAAUAUCCCAUCGGCUCCAUCAACGGUCUGCCGACUGGACAUUACACACAGGUGGUGUGGUACAGCUCGUAUGAGGUCGGUUGUGCCAUGACCCAGUGUGGAAGCGACUACUUCUACGGAUGCCAUUACUAUCGCGCAGGGAAUUUCCGAGGAGUCUCUCCGUACUCGCUGGGCUCUCCGUGUGAAUCCUGCCCGGAUGACUGCCAGGACAAUCUGUGCACGAACCCUUGUCCGUACAUCAACACGUACAUGAACUGUGAUGUCAUGAAGGAGCAGGCCUCGUGUGAAAACCCCAUCGUGAGCCAGGGCUGUCCGGCCAGUUGUCUCUGCGAAGACAAAAUCAUCCCCAUCGCGAGGAAAUAACAAUCUCUAUGGCUAUGUUAUACGAAGUACGGACAUAUUUUCCAUAGUUAGCGUCUCUUUCCAAUAAUGUGAAACAUAUAUAUUCUAACUUCUUUCUAUUUCUAUUCUGCCUAUGUGGAAUACCUCAAAUAUGAUGAUACUUAAAAAUCAAGGGUACUGUACUUUCAUAAUAUGCUGAAAUAGGCCAGUCUGCAUUGUUUUGCAUUAUUACCUCAACCUUUUUUUUUCAGUAAAGCUUAUACAAUCACAAUACAGUAA